AUCAGAUCUCUCUACCUAAUACUCUGUCAACAACCCAAAUCGGCAUAAAAUCGGGCUCUGGGCGAACGAGACCGGAUGAAAACCUUAAUCGGGCCCAUUCAAUGACCGUGAUGUAUUAUUCACAUGAACCAACCAACAAACAACCCGAUGUGUCAUAGAAUCCUAACACGCAAGGACUGGUUGUUUCUGCUCUGAACAAUUCUCCCAAAAUGAAAGCAAAUGGUUCAUUUCGAGGUCGUUCAUCUGCUGACAGGGAACGGCACAGUAUGACACAUCUGGUAGCAUGCAUGCGGGUGCAGAAAUUGGACUCCCACUGGGGCCAAGCCAAAUCUCACGGCCUGGCGAGCUCUUGCAGAAUUGAAUGAUGUAGCUUGUUGACAAUCAUGUUCCUUCUCUGUCUUCAAUGGCCAACGUGUAUGGCAAGACCCGGCAGGGUCAUUCUUGUCUUAAUGGGGAAGGCGCGAUCGAGGCACCCCCAGUCCAAACAAAUACAAUAUCGACCAGGAUAGACUCCGUCCUCGACAGACCACAUCUUCAUCUGCCAUAACAACAGACACAUCAUGUUUCUCCACUGUCCUCCAUGGCGAAAGCCACGACCUGCAUCCCCUUCGGACGUGGCUCGGUCAUACCAGGUCAGCCAGGUCUGUGAUGUAGAGGCGCAGCGGCACUGGACUCGAGAAGCACAUCCUGCACAAGAACAUCCACAGUCUCCACACUCGAAAUACCACCCUGAGGGCAUAUCGCGCAUCAUUCGGCGUCGAUUCUCUCGCGAGUCCAGAGCAUCUAGCGCUCACCAUGAGCCAAGCAAGUUUAUGUUCCCAUUCCCUCGCAAGUCGUCAAGAUCCGCUUCAAAACCGGCGACCGCGCUUACGACAUUGGGAGGCUAUGGCAGCAGCUUGAUGAGCGAAAGUCGGUAUGACAGUGACGCGCAGUUCAUUUCCACUCCCAGACGUGACCUCGUAGAAUCUCCCGCCCAUCGCGCCCGUCGCCGGAUGGAACUGAGCGACUUGAUCGAACGGAGUCAGGAACAGCAGGACUCCGAAAGUUGGGCCGUUGGCAUGGGUGAUGAUAUCCCAGAACCUCCAGAGUCGGUCUAUGGGAUGCGGUUCAUACAAACCCCACCUAGUACCCUCAGAAGCCACCACGGCCCCUACCAGAAAGUCUGUCAUACUGUUUCCGGUGAAAGAGAUUUCAAGCAUGGUGUGAUCCCGGCAAAGUCCAUGCCAGACCUUGGUUCGGCCAGUCAACGAGGCAAUGGUUCGAGUGCGGGACUUUCUCCUGCCGUCGACUACGUCCGAGAUGGUAAUGUUCAGAAGCAUUUGACGACCAGCCAAAGUAUGGACAUGAGCAGUCACAAACACGGAGUGGUUCUUUCAGACCCAUCAUCGAACCAGGGUCUGGACCUUAUCGUUUCCAAAAGACGGCAGCGGACCGACUCGGGCAUGUGCUUGAUGGACAAUGAAUCAGUUUACCUGGAAGAUAUGGGCAUUUCCCAUCGACUGGCUUCCCAAUCUACGUCGUCCGCGCCCAUGUCUUGCAACCCAUCGAUUGCAGAAUUGAUUCGCAACAACAGAUACGGGGUUUUUAUGAACGCCUCACGAGAGAAUAUGCCAAUCGCACUGAGAUCAACCGCUUCGAUCACCUCUGGACACAGUCUACAGGUCCCGGUCCAUCACCACCCACAAGCAUCGUCAUAUUACUCUCGCCAGCCAAGUUAUCCGUCAACCAAUGCGUCGCCUCAAUCCCAUUCCCUCGCACUUGAUGCAGAGCAACAUCCCGGUAUGGUCCAUGGAAGCAGGUACAAUGUGUCAGCCGAGGAUCUUAACCCACAAAAUGGGGUUGCUCUGGCGAGUCCCAUUGUCAAUAGCAAGUUCCGUGAACACUGCGACAAUGAGGUACCACUGGAUCCCGGCGGGCAUAUUGAGUCCGAAGGUUUACAUGGAGCGGGUGCGCCUCGCAAAGUCAGCGUGGGUUGGAUGUCUGGAGGUCGGCGAGUCGGCUAUGGUUAUAGCCCAGUCACCGAUGAUGAGACUGCACGGUAUCAGCAACACGAAGAAUGCAACCCCAAACUGCAACAAGCACCUGAGCAGAAUGGAGACGCGGCAAUGAGCUGUUCAAAUGUUGAAGAAGGAUAUGUUCUUCAAGGUCAAGUGCAAAGAACCGAUCUGAUGCAUGUAACUGCCCCAAACACACCAGAAUCACAGUCUAAAUCAGCCAUCCACCACGCAAACCGCGCUGGACCUGCCCCAGCGACUCUUCCCAAGGUACGGAGUUUCAAUAAAGCCAGCAAUGAGUCCCUCGAGCCCGCUUACCCUCAAGCCAUCCUGGCAGGCCGUCAUAGCCGUGAACACGAUGGUGGAUCCGGAGUAUUGGAGAAGCGAGGCACAAGAAGUCUUCAUACCGCCGAGACGCUUCCAAUGACGCAAUCCGAACAUUUUCACUCCCCGCAGAGCUCGAAUUGCACCAGUCCACAAUCGGAUACUGCCGUGCACCGCUGCCCUCGUCUCAGCCAAUCGUUGAAUUCCAAUCCACAGAGUUCAAAGAACAAAGGGGGCCGCAGAGCUGGGAUAAGCGACCUCAUCAGCCCGGAGAAAGAGCGAAAAGCUUCCACCCCUGACCACAAUGCAGUGGAUAUUGACCCAGAUUAUCUUGGUAUAGAGCACGACUUUAACGCCGAGGACGUGGCUCGUUUGUUACGCCCAAGCAAUCCUCGAGGUGCAAAUUGGGUCCGCAGGCUGUCCAAGCACAGGGUCAGCAAGCGGCCCUCAAAUCCACACCAGCAGGAGGUAUCGCAGAUGUCGCUAGGUCUACACCAGGGCUACAGCUCUAAUAGCGUCGAGCGAGCAAAUUCUACCAAGAGUAUCGGUACUAAUGCGGAGGAAUUGGCCAGUCUGUAUCAGGGAUGUCUUGACAUGCCUGGAUCCUUUGAGGGGAGUCGAUGGGCUGGUCGUACUAGUCGAAUGUUGUGGGAUCUUGUUACGACGGAUGAUGGAUGAUGGGCGUUCGUUUGGGAUGAAUAGGGUAGGUACACGGAGUGUGAGUCUGCAGGCUCUAUUCAUAUCGAGAGAAAUUAAGCAAUAGGCUCUACGUUAUUGUUAAUCGGCAGGCGAGCAGCCAAAUUGUGAAUUGAAGAUGCAACUCCCCCAGAAUGUCAUUAAUCGUACAUGAGGUAUUUCGAAUCCAGCGCCGAGUUAUAAUACAGAACACAUGUGUGAGAACAAAAAAUUGCAAGACGAGCAACCACUUUAGCGCCGCUGACGCUUCGAGCUCUUGUCACUAACACUGCUCAAAACACUAGCGGACCGCUUGUGAUUCCCGUCGCCUUUAACGGGCGUCUCCGUAACUGCGGUAUCAGCUGCAGUUUCAUCUGCCUUUGCAUGUCCCGGCUCGCCCUCAGCGGGGGUCUCAGUCGCGUUCGCAGCAGUAGACCCCAAAACACCACUCGCACCAUCAUCCGCCUCAGUCUUCACUUCCGGAUGUUCAGGAUCCUUACUCGUCUCGGGGGCAUUCUUACGCUCACGCUCCGCCUUGGCAGCUUCCAAGACCCGGAUUUCACUUUCGACCUUUUCGGAGACCUUGCGGGCGUCCAGGAGUAGAUUGACGGCUUGGAUAAGUUUCUCAAAGUCCCUGCAUACGCGCUCGGUAGGCAUGAAUAGGCGCACGGGGAUCUCGAGCUCGGCCAGGGCGCUGGCCAGUUUUUGGGUUUGUACGUUCGACUUGGCCUGGGUGAGUUUUUGGGCGCGGUCGCUGCGGAAUUGGACGCCUCCCGAGAGACGCUCGUGGUGUUGGACGCCGUAUCGGGCUUCCUCGGCUGGAGUGAGGGUGCGUAUGGCGGGUUGGGUCUGCGGGGCAGCUGGGCCUUUCUUGGUAUCCUUUGACGCUGCGGAUGUGCUGGGUGUUUCGGCGCGGCCGAGGGCGGUGGCUUGUGUGGGUGUUUGGCCGACAGGACUGGGGAUGGCACCUUCGGGGCCGAGGAUGGAGCGGCGCUUCUUGCUCUUGUCGGCUUGCAGGAGGGUUUGGAGGAGUUGGGAGAGGCCUUGGCUGGACUGGUACAUGGCGGUGUUGCCGACGCUGAUGGGGACUUCGAGGCGGGAGUAAAGUUCGCGACGUUCGGUGAUGAAGUUUUGCUCGUUGCUUGUGAUGCGCUUCAGCUCUUCGAGUAGCAUGGCUUCCUCGCGCACCUCGUCUGCGGUGCGGUUGAGUUGUAGAGCGGCGAGCUCCUUGCGGUCUCGCUCACGGUCUGGAUCGUACUUCAACAUUUGUUCGUGUAGAGCGAAUUCGGCCUCGGACAUCUCGGAGGGGGGGUGCUCGAUUGCCAGCAUUGUAGCGGCGAUGUAGUAGAACCGGGAUUUCAUCUGCUCCAUCGUCCGGUAUUGCUUGGCUGGGACGAUCGCGUUGGCGUCGGGCUCCGAGUCCAGAUGUCGUUGGUAGUCGUAACGAUCUGCAAUGAUCACCCAGCGCAGGUCGUAUUCGGUAGCGAGAUUCAUCAAAUAAUCCGUCUCUUCCCGGCUCCAAUCGUCGCUCUUUAGGUGUCGGUUGUACUCUUCGUCGGUGUAUCGCCGGGGUACGCGGGCCUUGAUGUUGUACUUGGCGAAUGCAUAUUCUUGCUCCUUUGGCUUGGUCUCUUCUUUGCCUUCUUCCUUUGCCCCAUCCAGUUCCAUCUGAUUUGGUUCAGGCGCGGGUGGUCGAGUCGACUCGUGUUCUCUUUGCCAGUGGUUCAAAACUAGAUCGUCAGACCUGGCUGUGUUCGUGAAGGGUGUCAUGCAC